CUCUUACAGAUAGUGCGGCGACCCAGGAGUCGCAUCUAUACAGGGGAUUACAGUAACCCGCUUGUCAGCGAUGAGUCAGACUGCGUGGUGCUGAUGCUGCUGCCAUUUCAUCACCUUUGCGAGCACAGUAUCCAUCCCUCUGCUCUCCCAGCGCCUGGGCCUACCUCGCUUUGGGCUCCCUGGCCAGCGAUGCACUCACGGCUGAGCUACAUCGGUCACAGCUGAGCUCUCCGAGGUUUAGGCGGGGCGCCCCCUCCCGCCGUCCCGGUCGGAGCCAAGGAAAUCCGCGAGCUGAGGCCAUGGAGGCCAUCUGGCUGUAUCAGUUUCGGCUCAUUGUCAUCGGGGAUUCCACGGUGGGCAAGUCCUGUCUGAUCCGCCGCUUCACCGAGGGUCGCUUUGCCCAGGUUUCGGACCCCACAGUGGGGGUGGAUUUUUUCUCCCGCUUGGUGGAGAUCGAGCCGGGAAAACGCAUCAAGCUCCAGAUCUGGGAUACCGCGGGACAAGAGAGGUUCAGAUCCAUCACUCGCGCCUACUACAGGAACUCAGUAGGUGGUCUUCUCUUAUUUGACAUUACCAACCGCAGGUCCUUCCAGAAUGUCCAUGAGUGGUUAGAAGAGACCAAAGUACACGUUCAGCCCUACCAAAUUGUAUUUGUUCUGGUGGGUCACAAGUGUGACCUGGAUACACAGAGGCAAGUGACUCGCCACGAGGCCGAGAAACUGGCUGCUGCAUACGGCAUGAAGUACAUUGAAACGUCAGCCCGAGAUGCCAUUAAUGUGGAGAAAGCCUUCACAGACCUGACAAGAGACAUAUAUGAGCUGGUUAAAAGGGGGGAGAUUACAAUCCAGGAGGGCUGGGAAGGGGUGAAGAGUGGGUUUGUACCAAAUGUCGUUCACUCUUCAGAAGAGGUUGUCAAAUCAGAGAGGAGAUGUUUGUGCUAGUCAGCCCUUUUAUUUCUAAAACGUGCUGUCCCACGUGAACUGAAAAGUGAGCGAAAGAAAUAGAAUCCUUGU